CACACACACACACAGGUGUGGUGGUGUUUUCUCACUUUGAAGGAGAGUCACCGUGGAAGUGGAAGAAGUUGGACUAAGUGUGGAGAAGUUCCUCAGAGUUUGGAGAAGAUGAUGCUCUGAGAACAAGAUUCACUGUGUUGUCUUUUAAAACUUAAAUGGAGUAAUUAAAGUCUCAUCGACGUGGAAACUCAAACUGUGCAAAGAUGGAUCUAAGCAUUUCCUCGCGACGAGGACUUUUAUUUAUAAUGUCCACACUUUUGUGCCUCAUGUGUGGAUCCAGAGGGGAGAUUCCUGCCAAACCCAGCGGCAGUGUCACGAUCCUGCCCCCGGUUAAACCUGACGUGGACCCGCAGGCUUAUCCGGACACAGAAAAGUCUAAUUUACCCGUUUUUACGAUGGAUUAUCCCAGGAUUCAGAUCCCGUUUGAGAUCACCCUGUGGGUGCUGCUGGCUUCUUUCGCAAAGAUUGGUUUCCACGUGUACCACAAGAUCACCGUCUGGGUGCCAGAGUCGUGUCUUCUGGUCAGUAUCGGUCUGAUCGUGGGCGCCAUCAUGCACUCCGUCAAGGAGGAGCCUCCCGCUGUGCUCUCCAGCAACGUCUUCUUCCUCUACAUGUUGCCCCCCAUCGUCCUGGAUUCGGGCUACUUCAUGCCCACCAGGCCUUUCUUCGAGAACGUCGGCACGGUGCUGUGGUUUGCAGUGGUGGGGACUCUGUGGAACAGCAUCGGUAUCGGCAUGUCCCUGUUUGCCAUCUGCCAGAUCGAGGCGUUUGGCCUCCAGGACAUCAACCUGCAGGAGAACCUGCUGUUUGCCACCAUCAUCUCUGCCGUGGACCCCGUGGCUGUGCUCAGCGUGUUCGAGGACGUGUCCGUGAACGAGCAGCUCUACAUCGUGGUGUUUGGGGAAUGUCUCUUCAACGACGCCGUCACUGUGGUGUUGUACAACAUGUUCAGCUUUGUGGCGAACAUGCCGGAGGUGGCGCCGGUGGACGUGUUCCUGGGCGUGGGGAGGUUCUUCGUGGUCGGGCUCGGCGGCCUGGGCUUCGGCGUCCUGUUCGGCUUCGUCGCCGCCUUCACCACGAGAUUCACGUCCAGGGUGCGGGAAAUCGAGCCGCUCUUCAUCUUCAUGUACAGCUACCUGGCCUACCUGGUCGCCGAGCUCUUCGCCAUCUCGUCCAUCAUGGCCAUCAUCACCUGCGCGCUCACCAUGAAGUACUACGUGGAGGAGAACGUGUCGCAGCGCUCCUGCACCACCAUCCGCCACGUGGUCAAGAUGCUUGGCUCCAUCUCCGAGACCCUCAUCUUCUUCUUCCUCGGCGUCGUCACCAUAACGACGGAUCACGAGUGGAACGUGGCCUACAUCCUGUUCACGCUGCUGUUUGCCUUCAUAUGGAGAGGCCUGGGCGUCUUGGUGCUGACUCAGAUCAUUAACCCCUUCCGCACCAUCCCGUUCAACAUGAAAGAUCAGUUUGGUCUGGCCUACGGUGGCCUGCGGGGCGCAAUUUCCUUCGCCUUGGCUUUCACUCUCCCCGACAGCAUCAGUCGCAAGCCGCUCUUUGUCACGGCCACCAUCGUCAUCAUCCUCUUCACAGUGUUUAUCCAGGGCAUCAGUAUUCGUCCUCUGAUCGAGUUCAUCAACGUCCGAAGAACCAACCGUAACCUGGACACCAUCAACGUGGAGGUCCACUGCAGGCUCAUGGAGCACACGAUGGCAGGUAUAGAGGACCUGUGUGGACAGUGGAGUCACUUCUACUGGAAGGACAAGUUCAUGAAGUUCAACACUCGGAUCCUGCGUCGCAUCCUGAUCAGAGACAGCCGCUCCGAGUCCAGCAUCGUGGCGCUGUACAAGAAGCUGGAGCUGCAGAGCGCCAUGGAGAUCCUGGACACGGUGUCGGGAGACAUCAGCGCCGCGCCGUCCAUCGUCUCCCUCUACGAGGAAAAGAAAAGUGCUGCUAAACCCAAGAAGAAGUUCAUGGCAGGAGACCUGAGGAACAUGCACGACAUCCUGUCCAAGAACAUGUACAGGAUCAGGCAACGGACUGUGGCGUUCACAGGGAAACACUCCCUGCCCAGCGACGGCCAUGCCAGGGAGAUUCUGAUCCGACGCCACGCCAGCAUCCGCCGCAGCCUCCGACCGGGCAGCUUUCAGACGACGGGAGGGUCCAAAUCUCAAAAAUACUUCUCACUUCCUGCUGGGAAAAGCCUGGACUCCAAUUUUUUCCCUCCUAAAAGACUGAGCUCGUCAGAUGAUCAUGAAACCAUGUCGGAGGUGGCGUACGCGCCCAGACGCUCUCGGUUUAGCUCCUCCUCCUCCUCCAGAGCCAUGAUGCCAAUGCGGAGGCUGGACACCCUCAAAGAGGCUCCGUCUGUCGACGCGCUGAACGAAAGCCACGACGAGAGCAGUUCGGCGCCGCGCGGCGUCUCCAGAACAAACUCGUCCUACAGUGACUCCCACGUGUCCGCUCCUCGCCGCCACCUCAGCCCCUCGGCUGACAGAGACAACGAUAGAAAUGUACGUCAGGAAGCAGCAGCAGGAGAAGAAGAGGAGCAGCCGCAGCAGCAGCAGCAGCAGCCUUUACAUCCUCGUCCAGCCUGGGCGGCUGAACCCAGAGACAACCCCACACGAAACCCGCUGCUCAGGCGACCUCAGUGGAACCCGAAGAAGUGAAACCAGCUCGUGGGCUUUCAGUGGCAGCAGGACUGUCACUGUCACAGCUUCUCAAUGAGCUCCAGUGGACACACAGGCCUUAAGACCUUAGACCAGUGGAGAGUCGACCACAAUGGACAGAGGUCAGAGGUCAGAGGCGCAUCAGGAGCACAGCGACGGUGUAUGAACUGCGUCUGAAGAGUCAACACUGAGUCACUGAGACAAAAACAAA